GGCUAGAACUAAAAUUGCUAGGGAGCUGGCCCAUGUGGGGGGGAAAUGUAGGGUAAAUGGCGCUGCACAGCUUCAAGAAAACAGUCGCUUUGAAACUAGAGAUUUCGUGGUUAAUUGAUAGUUUGAAUGACUGAAAUCCUUAAGUAUACAUAUUAAGUUUUCAGUACAGUAGUCAAUGGACCUAAAAACUCCGGGAAAGAUACCAAUAGGCCUGCUGAUUAAUAUUUAACAACAACACUGGAAUGGUAAUGAACGUCGAGUUGAGUGCAGGAAUUUUCUGAUACGUUUUGAGGGAAAUAAAGCAAAUAUGCUGCUUACCAUUCCGUUGAAAGUUAUUAUUGCGCAUUUCUUCUUUAGUUACAUCUCGUGUUGUUCAUUAUGGGGAGAUGUCCUGACUACUCCAGAUAUUCCAGCGAUUGCCAAAUAUUUCACCACAAAAGGUAGAUAUGAGGAAGUGAACCCUUACCUCAUAGAUGACAUACUGGCUGUAAACAAAUCUCUUGUGAAGUCCCCAUCUGCAGAAUGUCGCGAAAUUCAUCUGACCGCUAUCAUACGGCACGGCUCAAGGUACCCGACGACGAAAAACAUCAAGAAGAUGCGAGAAUUUCACAAUCUUGUUGUACAGAAGGCCUCUGGAGAGGAGAGCUGGUUGCGUGAAAUUAGGCAGUGGAAGAUGUGGUACACUGAUGAGAUGGAUGGCCGUCUCGUUCAGAAGGGAGUCCUCGACCACAGGAAUUUGGCGGUCAGGUUGUCAAAGUUAUUCCCAUCAUUGGUAUCUAAGGAGAAACUACAAGAUGGUCACAUCAAGUUCAUGACCAGUUCUAAACACAGGUGUGUGAACAGCACCCUUUCUUUCCAGAGAGGACUGGCAAAACUAUGGGAUAUUGAAGAUGAAGAGAUUGACUAUGAGGUGAACGACGCACUGAUGAGGUUCUUUGACCACUGCACCAGGUUUGUGGAGACCGUCGACAAGAACCAGUCAGCCAUGGCUGAGCUGGACAAGUUCAAGUCCAGUGCAGAGAUGAGGAGGGUGCAGGAGAAGAUAGCAGACCGGCUCCUGGUCCCCUACAGCCACAUUACAUCAGACAUGGCUGAGGCUGCAUUUCACCUGUGUGCUUACGAGUUGGCCAUCAAAACCAUCAACUCCCCCUGGUGUCAACUCUUUGAUGAGGCGGAUGCUCUGGUUCUGGAAUAUGCAAAUGACCUGAAGCAGUUCUGGAAAAGAGGUUAUGGUCAUGACAUCAACAGCAAGUCGAGCUGCAUUCUCUUUCAUGAUGUAUUCAGCCGUCUGGAUAGAGCGGCCAAUGAGAUCAGAUCUGGCAGUAACGUCACAGAAGCAGCGACCAUCCAGGUGGGUCACGCUGACACUCUCCUGCCUUUGCUGACCCUGCUGGGUUUCUUCAAGGACAGCGUGCCCCUGACCUCCAACAACUAUGUCACCCAGGGCCAGCGUGCCUUCCGCACCAGUCGCAUGAUGCCCUACGCUGCCAACCUGGUCCUUGUGCUGUAUGACUGCAGUGGAAACCUCCGUCUGCAGGCACUGCUCAACGAGCGGCCCCUGGCCUUCCCAGGCCUGGCCGCCACCCAGGGAGAGGAGGGAGCCCCGCUCUACCAGGAUGUCAGAGACCACUACGGGGAACUGCUCCAGGGCUGCGACUUUGAGAAGGAGUGCCAACUGUUCCCAUCCAAAUGAGGGAGUCAACGCUAUCAACAGGUGUCAUUCAUCAGUAAAGUGUGUCUCUGAUAUGUAA